AUGCCAGGUAAAGCUAAAAAAAUAGCACCAAAGAAAUCCAGUUCCGAUCAAAAUGUGAAGAAGGAACGGGUGAAUACCGACCCAUUAUGUGCUUGUCCAGUGCGCCGUCGUUUCAAUGCGGAGCGCACGGAGAUGCUUGCUCGGCCUAACUCGCGGCGCCUACGCUCGUUAUGGGACGAGAAAUGCGCCGUGCUUCCCAAGGACCGUAGAGAUAAGAUUAAGAGCGCGCUCGAGGAAGAUUACUUCCUGAGCCCCGAACAAACGGAGCAAUACUUCCAAGCGUUGAACGAGCACCACAAGCAGUGGUCGGGCCCCGGCGGCAUGGUCAGCCGCCGCGAGCAGGUGGAGCGUUCACGGGAGCUGCGACAGCGACAGAAAUGGCUGGUCAACUUCAGCGCGCAGGUGGCGUACCGAAUGUGCGACUACAUAGCAAAAGGUCAAAAAGAAAUGCUGGUAUCAAACAGGUUGCGAAGCAUCGCUGACGUCGUCUUAGAGAGGGUAGCUGAAAUACUUGGCGAACCGAAGCCGUCGCGUACGCACCCGGGCCGGCUGGCGCGCUUCAUGGUGGCGAUAUCGGACCGCAUCGCGGUGUGGAUCGAGAAUGCCGUUUAUCGCGCCGAUGCCAUCGAGCCGCGCGAAUCCGGCCCCGACGAGCACAUCCGCCUCGACUCCGAGAAGCCGCUUAUUUGCUAG